AAAGAAAAGCAAUGCUUAUUUGUCAAGAUGUGAUAGGUUCUGAACCCACAGUAAAACAAUCCUUAAACCUCAGCCUCCACCGCUUAAACCCUAAAAAGAAAAAUCCGUCCCUAAAGAAGAAUCAGUGCUCAGCCUCAACCACUUAAACCCUAGCAAAAAAUCCAUCACUAAUAUAAGCAGCAGCAGUGCUCCAUCAUCAAUGGCGUGGCUAAUCCGACCCUUGAGAAAAACCCUUACUUCUCCUAGUCUUAAAGCACUACUUCCUCUUCAUCAACACCCAAAACCCACCUCCCUUUUCACCUCCAGAAACUACAUCUCCGACAUGCGGAAGUCUGCAUUUCAAGCCAACAUUUUGAGACUCCUUCGUAAAGAAAUUCAGUACGAGCACGAACGAUGCCCUCCCAAACAGCCUGUCACCAGAUUCAAUUCUUUUACAAUUGAUGACCGAGCAGGAGAGCAAUGGAUUAGAUUGAGAAGAAAAUUUGGGGAGAAAGAAGAUAUUACAAUUGAAGCAACAUUGUUUGACGGGUCCCUUCCUGUUUCUAAUCCUGGUAAAGUAGGGGAUGAUGUGCAGCUUCAUAUAACAUUUAUUGUCAAUAUCUCCAAAGGGGAUGAUAGUAAUGUCUUGGAGAUCAUGUGUUCGGCUUGGCCAGAUGCCUUAGAGAUCCAAAAACUUUUUGUUCGUGGUAAUAAUAGGACACCAGAUCAACCUUACUUUGGUCCCCAGUUCAAGGAAUUGGAUGAUGAACUGCAGGACUCACUUUAUGAAUUCUUGGAGGAAAGGAGUGUAAAUGAUGAACUCGCAGUUUUUUUGCAUGAAUACAUGAAGAUCAAAGAUAAAACUGAGUUCAUUAAAUGGUUGGAAACUGUCAAAUCUUAUAUUGGGAAGAAAUAGAGAUAUGUUUUGCAGUGCUCAUGCUGACUUCUUUCUGUUUUAGUUAACAAAAACAUUGGUUGCUAUUCCGAUUUGCUUAUAAAUAUUAUGCCUACCUGCCUAGACUACUAGAGAUUGCGUGUAAAGUUUUGAUUGGAGUUGAAAUUAGCUUCCUGUAAUUCCAAUGAUGCUAUCUGGUGAAUAUAUUACAAAAUAUCAGGUCAAGUUUAUAAAAGUAGUGGAAAGAUGGUGGCCAUUAGUUGUUGGUGUCAUUUUCAAGUAGGAUGAAAUUACAGGUAUAAGUUUUGAUAUUACAAGCAUGAAAUUAAAGAUGCUCGAUAAAUCAUGUAAUUUUUGUUUAUGUUCAUAUAGCAAGUGAGCCUGGAUUUUUCAGCUUGAUUUAGGUUUGGUUUUGUGAGUGCAACAAAGCUAUACUUUGAAUAUUCUAAUACUUGAUUUGAGUUUAAUCGGUAUCUGAUAACAAUUAUCCUAGGUGAUUAUAGGCCUAAGCUUAUUUGCCACAUUAGCCUGUACUGACAU